UUUCAACUAUAAGCUAACCACAUUAUAUGUUAUAACAAUAUGUCAGUCGAUGACACGGGUGAUGACGUAGCUAGCAACAAUUGGUCGAUGCACGCGGCUUCUGAGCAGGGGAAGGCGACCUGUACUCUUUUUUUUAUUUGGCUCAUGAUGAUGAUGAUGACGAUGACGACGAGCUCGAAACAAUUUAUGUAAUGGCAUUACUAGCAUGGCUCUUACACCGGAGGUAGACAUCAGAGUGAGAAGACGGACCGCAGACGUUAUUGAUUUUCGUUGCAGAUGUUUAUGAGGUAUUUCUCCAGACUAGUCUCAGCUAUGGCAGGACCCAGGCCAGUGGUACUGAGUGGCCCAUCGGGGGCUGGGAAGAGCACUCUGGCCAAGAAGCUUCUGGAGGAGUACAAGGGGAUUUUUGGCUUCAGCGUCUCACAUACAACAAGGAAUCCUCGGUCUGGUGAAGAAAAUGGCAAAGAUUACCAUUAUGUUACUCGGGAGGUUAUGCAGGACAGCAUUGACAAAGGGGAGUUCAUUGAGAGUGCAGUGUUUUCUGGGAAUAUGUACGGGACGAGCAAGGCCUCCGUGCAGGCUGUCAAAGACAAAAAUCUGAUCUGCAUCCUGGACAUCGACAUGCAGGGAGUGAGAGCGGUCAAGACUACAGACCUCAACCCUAUCUAUGUCUACAUCCAGCCACCGUCCUUGACCAUCCUGGAGAAACGUUUAAGGGACAGAAAGACGGAGUCAGAGGAGAGUUUGCAGAAACGUUUAGAAGCUGCUCAGGUGGACAUGGAGAUAUGCAAAGAACCUGGCAUAUUUGACAUAAUCAUUGUCAAUGAUGAUCUUGAUAAUGCAUAUGCGAAAUUGAAACAGGCCCUUAUUGAGGAAAUUGAAAAAGUCCAGAAAAUCAACUCAUCUUAGGGGAUUGAGAAGCCUGAUGUCUAUACUGGCCACUCCUUUCAAAAAGUAAAUCCCACUAAUCCAGAACAUUCCUUCAGAUAGUGGUGUGGGAAGGAACUCCAGAUGACAUCCCUCACUUUGAACAAAGGUGGUAGCGUUUUGAGGGUACAUAAAAUUAUGUUUUAACAUAUUGAAGGAGAUUUUUAAGGUGAAGUACUGUAAAGGAAGGUAAACAUUUUAUAUUUUAUUUUUAUUAGUUUGGCUGAUGUAAAAUAAAUUGUCUUCAUCCACUAAGGAAAAAUACUCCAUUAGUGCUUAACCUGUGAGUGAAAGACACCUAAUGUGUUGCUUCAUGCUCCACCAUUUUACCAUUUUAAUUGUACAUCUGUGUUUCUGCCACCUUGUAAUUCUUCCAUGUACCAGUUCUAGCAAAAAGCAUUCUAACUAUACUCACUGACCAUGAAUGGAAGGUAAUCAUUACUCAUACCAACUGGUGGAUAAACAGGUUUGCUCAGUAUGAGUGUUAUGUAUGAUAGCGAAUGUUAUAUCUUGCUACAAAGACCAGCCCUGUCGGCACAGCUUCAGAACAUGGCCGUUCCUAUUUCUGCCCUAAAACCAGUCAGUGUUGGCCAACAAUUUAUUGGUAGUUUAAUUAGCCAAGAUAUAGUACCACAGCCAUAGUCAGAAAUUUAAAAGAGAGAAAGUAUGUUUUUUGUUAAUCCUUUUUUUUUAUUUUUAAGGGAGGUUUUCUUGACUCCAUAUGUCAACACAAGGCAGCUACCAGCCACAGCAAAUGACAGUCGCAGGGGCUUGGGCACAUGCUAAGCACAGUCUAUCUAUGAUCCUUUGUAGUCAUACAGGGAAGCGACAUCCGUCCAUAUUACAGCUGAUCUCAGGAACUCACUGUAGCCUCACUGCUGUAGACUGCUAAGGAGUCUAGCCAAUAAUUGUUGUUUGUGUGUAAAUGUCUGUUUGAACUUUCUCUGUAGGUUUUUUCAGUUAUCCGUAGAACCAUCAAUUCAUUUAGGAUUUCCAAUGUAAAUCUCUGUUUGACAAAGCUUUACCUCCUGAGACCAUGACAUGAGAUUAGCCUAACACCUCAUUUAUAUUUAUUGUUUGUUUUUUAUUGAGUUAUAUUGUAAAUGCAAAAGCUUUUUGUAUUUUUUUAUUCAAUUUUUUUAUUAGUAUCACCUGUAAGAAUAUAAGGAUAUUUGGAUGGAAAAUGAUUGAAUAAUAAGAAAAAGUUAAUGUAAAAUAAAUGGGGCAAAGAAUAGGCACACAGAUCAUCUGCUUUACUAAACUCGUUACAUUAAAUACCACAACAUUUUCUAACAAGGCUAAACUGUCCAGUCAGAUUUUUGAGUGUUAAAUUCUCUUGUUUAGGGUGUUUUUUUGUUUAUUUUCAUGAAUGCUUUAUUAGCCACAAAUCUUUUUACAAAUGUGACCAACACAGCUGCUUAAUUUUUUCUAAAUUAAGACUUACACAGUAAAAACCACACAGCAAAAUACAUAUACUCCUAUGCAACUCCCCACCCUCAAAACAUGAUCACAUAAGUGUUAUAGUUCCAGAAAUUAUUUUUAGUUUAUGACGACUUGAGUAUGAAUAUGGAUACAUUCUAGAAUAGCAAUGGCUGGAGA